CAUGAGUUACCUUGUUUAUUGAUAGUCUGAACCCUAAUCUUUUUGGUUUUGACCUUUUGUAGUCUCUUUUUCGAUAUGGUUAAAGAACCAUUUGGGUUGCUUAUAGUAGCAUUGAUUCCUCACCCCACCCCCAGCAAACCGAGGUCUAAGAACACUAAAAUUAAUGCUACUAUUUUCUGUCUCCUAACUUCCUUUUCUAGUUGUUACCUGUUGUCUGAAAAUGUCUGUAGUGGGAGACUGAUAAUGAUUGAAUGAAAGAUGAUAUGUUAGAUCUUGAAGAUCUAAUUCAUACAUAAGUUUAGAUGCCAGGAAAGAACAAUUAAGAACUCUGCUUUCAAGUGUGAGGUUAAUGUUGGGAAGAACUCUGUAAUUUUUUUUUACUAACCUACAGCCUGUUUUUCAUAUUUAACUUGCUGGCUAUGAACAUGCAUGUAGUUGUAUCCCAUUCAGAUUUCCAGAGAAUGGAGUGCAAUCUUGUUGCAGUUAAAGAGGUUUAUUUUUUGGAGGUGGUUGUGGUAUGUGGGGGUUUUGAGUUCUUUUUCUUUUAUGGUUAUUGGAGCACAAGUGGCCCCUGAAGUGUCUGAACAGAACUGUGAAACUGAGUGUUCUGUAAAAAUUCUUAGAGCACAGAAUCUCAGUGUUUUAGAACAAUAUCUUGGAGACAAACUUUUCAAGAGUUGGUCUGUUUUUCUAAUAAUAUCAGCUUUAUCUUGCCUGUGUCCAGCUUUAGCUAGUUUUCCAAAUUUGGAAAAUUAGUAAUAGCAGAUGUGUGAGAGAGAGUACAGUUUGUACAAAUGAUAUCCAGCUGGUUGUCAUCCACACUUUGGCUAUUCAACCUCUCUUAGCUCACCAAAUCCAUUAACAAAUACAUACAGAUGAUGAAUAGCACAGGGAUGUGCCUGAGAUCUGAGGGAUUUGAAAUAUUACCUUGAACUUCACAGGCAAAAAUGUCACAGGUUAAACAAGUGGGACUUUUAGCUGCUGGAUGUCAGCCAUGGAACAAGGAUGUAUGUGCUGCUAGUGGGGACAGAUUUGCUUACUGUGCUACCCUUGCUAUUUAUAUUUAUCAGCUGGAUCACCGAUACAAUGAAUUCAAGCUACAAGCAAUUAUGUCUGAGCAUAAGAAGACAAUCACAGCCAUAUCUUGGUGUCCUCACAAUCCUGACAUGUUUGCAAGUGCCAGUGCAGAUAGCUUAGUGGUUGUUUGGAAUGUGACUGAACAAAAAGUUGUGGCCAAGCUGGACAAUACAAAAGGAAUUCCUGCGUCACUUAGCUGGUGCUGGAACGCAGGUGAUGCCGUUGCAUUUGUAUCCCACAGAGGUCCGUUGUACAUUUGGACUAUCUCAGGACCUGACAGCGGGGUAACUGUACAUAGAGAAGCACAUAGUUUCUUGUCAGAUAUCAGUCUUUUUAGAUGGCAUCCAAAGAAAAAAGGAAAAGUAGUAUUUGGACAUACUGAUGGAAGCCUAUCUAUUUUUCAGCCAGGUUCUAAAAAUCAGAAACAUGUCUUAAGACCAGAGUCUCUUGAAGGAACAGAUGAAGAGGAUCCAGUUACAGCACUGGAGUGGGACCCUUUGUCAACUGACUACCUUCUUGUUGCUAAUUUACAUAACGGUAUUCGACUAGUUGAUUCUGAAUCUCUGUCCUGUAUCACAACUUUUAAUUUUCCCAGUGCAGCAGCAUCUGUUCAGUGUUUAGCCUGGGUUUCUAGUGCACCUGGAAUGUUUGUAACUGGAGAUUCUCAGGUUGGUGUGUUACGUGUUUGGAAUGUAUCACGUACAACACCUAUAGAUAACUUUAAAUUGAAGAAAACUGGUUUCCAUGGUUUGCACGUGCUAAGUUCUCCUCCAAAGAAAAAGUCAUGUUCAUCACAGUAUCCUACUAAAAAUCACCAUACAUCCUCAACAAGUGAGGCUGUUCCUCCUCCAACUUUAACCCAAAACCAAGCAUUUUCUCUUCCUCCUGGUCAUGCUGUCUGUUGCUUCAUGGAUGGUGGAGUGGGGCUUUAUGACAUGGGAGCCAAAAAGUGGGAUUUCCUUAGAGAUUUGGGACAUGUUGAGACCAUCUUUGAUUGCAAAUUCAAACCUGAUAACCCUGAUCUUCUUGCUACAGCUUCAUUUGAUGGCACAAUAAAAGUUUGGGACAUAAAUACUUUAACAGCAGUUUACACAUCUCCUGGUAAUGAGGGGGUUAUUUAUUCCCUUUCUUGGGCUCCAGGAGAUCUAAACUGCAUAGCUGGUGCAACAUCCAGAAAUGGUGGCUUCAUCUGGGAUGUCCCGAAAGGCAAAAUGAUAACCAGAUUCAGUGAGCAUGGAAAGAAUGGAAUCUUCUGCAUUGCCUGGAGUCAUAAAGAUUCCAAAAGAAUAGCAACCUGCAGCAGUGAUGGAUUUUGUAUUAUUCGAACCAUUGAUGGAAAGGUUCUUCACAAAUACAAGCAUCCAGCUGCAGUGUUUGGCUGUGAUUGGAGUCAAAACAACAAAGAUAUGAUAGCUACCGGUUGUGAGGAUAAAAAUGUUCGUGUUUACUACUUAGCAACCAGCUCUGAUCAGCCACUGAAAGUUUUUACAGGGCAUACUGCAAAGGUGUUUCAUGUACGGUGGUCUCCUCUGAGAGAAGGAAUCCUCUGCAGCGGCUCUGAUGAUGGUACUGUUCGAAUAUGGGAUUAUACACAGGAUGCUUGUAUAAAUGUUCUUAGUGGACAUACAGCUCCAGUGCGGGGACUGAUGUGGAAUCCUGAAAUUCCAUACCUUCUAAUAUCUGGCAGUUGGGACUAUACAAUUCGAGUCUGGGACACAAGAGAUGGGACAUGUUUGGACACAGUUUAUGAUCAUGGUGCAGAUGUAUAUGGACUAACAUGUCAUCCUAGUCGUCCAUUUACUAUGGCAUCUUGCUCUCGUGACUCCACUGUGAGACUCUGGUCAUUGACACCUCUUAUAAACCCUCUACAAAUAAAUAUUUUAGCAGAUAGAUGCUGGGAUGAGAUUAUUGGUAAUACAGAUCGUGCUGUGGAAUCUGGUGCUCCUCCUUUGCUGUGUGGUAAAGUUUCCAGGGAUAUUAAACAAGAAGUGGAAAAAUUGACAGGAAAUCCUCGAGGAAAAAAACUGAGAUGGUUUUCAGAAUGUUUUUCACCUCCAGGAGGCAGCAAAAAUUUAUGGGAUUUGGUUGCUGUAAUAAAAGGACAGGAUGACAGUUUGCUUCCACAACACUACUGCAAAGGAAUUAUGCACAUGAAACAUCUCAUUAGAUUUAGAAUGUCCAAGGCACAAGAACUGACAACAGUAAAAAUGUCCAAGUAUGGAGGUGGUAUUGGUGCACCAAGCAAAGAGGAAAGGCUUAAGGAAGCUGCAGAAAUACAUUUAAGAUUAGGACAAAUUCAGCGAUAUUGUGAACUAAUGGUAGAACUUGGAGAGUGGGACAAAGCUCUCUCAGUUGCACCUGGUGUAUCAAUGAAAUAUUGGAGGAAGUUAAUGCAAAGGAGAGCUGAUCAGUUAAUUCAGGAAGAAAGUGAUGAUGUCAUCCCAUACUGUAUAGCUAUUGGAGAUGUGAAGAAACUAGUUUCUUUCUUUACUUCAAGAGGCCAGCUUAAAGAAGCUCUUCUUGUUGCACAGGCAGCUUGUGAGGGAAAUAUACAGAUGUCACCACUCUCCACAACAAGUGGAUCUUCAAAUUCUGGUGGAAACAAUACAGAUGAUUAUAACGAGCUCCUGCACAAGGUCAGUAAAGAACUGGCAGAAUGGUAUUUCCAGGAUGGCCAUGCAGUGCUUGCAGCAUGUUGCCAUCUGGCUGUUGAAAAUAUAGAGCUUGCGAUGGCAAACCUGAUUCGUGGAAAUGAACUGGAGUUGGCAAUCAGUGUGGGUACUGUCUUAGGAGAAAGUGCAGCACAAGCAACACAUUAUGCCCUAGAAUUACUAGCAAGAAAAUGUAUGACAGUAACAACAUGUGGUUUUACUUUGAAGGAUACAGUUUUGGUCUGCUUUUUGUUUACCAAUGACAAGCAGAAAAUCUUCUUAAGCUUUCCAUCCCUUGGAUACAGGGAUUUAGCAGCUGAUCUUCUUAUGAUGAUUCCUGAUAAUAAACUGCAGUUAGUAAAACUAUGUGCUUUUUAUCCUGGAUGUGUAGCAGAAAUAAAUGACCUUCAUGAAAAGUGUAAUCUUCCUGAUGUAGAAGAAUGUAUGCGGUUGGCAGAGACAAUUCAGGCAGAUGGGGAUAUAUUCGAAACUAUAAAGUACUAUCUGUUAAGCAGUGAACCUGAAAAGGCUCUCCCUAUUGGCAUUCAGUAUGUGAAAGAACAACUUUGUGGCUCAGAUUGGACUUUAGAUUCAGUCUGUCCCUAUCUUGAUCUUCUGAGUUACAUACGCACUGAACGAUUAGUGUUGCAUAAAUGUAGUGAGUUUCGGAACGAGUUGCUGAUUUUGUGUGGUUACAUUGGUGCUUUACUUGCUAUCAGAAGACAGUACAAUAGCAUUGUACCCGCACUUUAUGAGUAUACAAGUCAGCUUUUAAAAAGACGGGAAGUAUCUGUACCUUUGAAAAUUGAACAGCUUUCUGAGGAACUAGAGGCAUGGAGAGCUUGUACUCAAUUAAACAAGCCUACCGAUGAAUUGCCAUGCACCCCGCCAUCUGAAUCACAGAGAACACUGUAUUCAACACUCGUAUCACGAAUACGAGAGGAGCCUCUGAAGGGAAUGGUUGGGCCCGACUAUGUCACUGGAUCAAAUCUCCCUAGUCAUUCAGAUGUUCACAUCUCUUGUUUGACAGGGCUAAGGAUACAGGGUCCAGUGUUCUUCCUUGAAGAUGGAAAAUCUGCUGUUUCACUGAACGAUGCUUUGAUGUGGGCCAAAGUGAAUCCUUUUUCACCCCUAGGAACAGGAAUACGACUUAACCCAUUUUGAUGAGGUGUUUUCCUCUGCACUUUAUAGUGCUUAAAAUAACAUUCUGGGAGUUAAUACUGAUUUAACCUUGAUUUUCAAAGGACAGAAAGAUGUCAGUUGAUUCCUUCUGAAGGGCAAGUACUUGGACUUUGAAAAUUGUAAAAUGAGAACAAAAAAGGAUUUCUAUACAAAUGUUUGUUGAUAAUCCAAAGAAAAAGUUAUUUGAGAAUCCAAAGAAAAAAAAAAAGAAAAAAGGUCCUAACUUCAUAGACAGCCAUGUCUUUUUUUAAAUAAGUGUUGUCAGACAAUACAGACAUAUUUCAGUCAAGUCUGUGUAAACAGAUGCCUUGUAAAGGAAGUAAGCAACUAUCUGCACAUUAUCAAAAUAUUGAUAGCAAACUGUGAAAUCCAUAAACACACUUUCAAAUACAUAAUAGAAAGACUUUAUUGAUAGCCACUACAACCUGUUUUUAGAAUGACUGGAAUCCUGUGACUAUUUCACACCUUACGUCCCCCUUUUUAAUUUUAACUAAUUUUUACACACAGGAUCCUAUAGCAAAAGUAAAAUAUAAAAAGUGCUUAGAUUAUUUUUUUCAUCCAUUAGUUAUUGUGCUUUAAUAGCAGUACAAAGAUGUUUACUAAUGUUUUGUCUAGAUAGGUUUGAAUAUCUAGAUUAUAAAAUUCUAUUUUUUAAUAAGUUCGUCUUUGGCAACUGUUCCCCCUUUCACUGAAAGCUAAAAUGUAUUUAUAAAAUUUUUUCUUUUUU